AACCCCAACACCAACCUUCUUUGUGAACUUUAUAUGUUGCAUUGCUGUAUAGCCCUUGUGGUUUAGCGCUUGUUUUUGAUAAUAAUAAUAAUAAUAAUAAUAUGUUGCAUUGCGUAAAAGAAGAAGGAAACGUCAUCUGUUGUAUUGCAUAAAAAAACGUCAUCUGUUGUAGUGCGUAAAGAAGAAACUUCAUCUGUUGUAUUGCAUAUAAGAGGAAGAAAAAGAAGAGUGGAUUAUUUGUUAUAUAAGAGGAUAAUAAAGAAGAGAGGCGCUGUCUCAAGAUGGGCGGUGGAGAUCUAAACUUGAAGAAAUCAUGGCAUCCGCAUACAAUGAAGAACCAAGAGCGAGUAUGGAAGGCAGAGCAACAGAAAGCCGAAGAAGAUCGCAAAAUGGCUGAGCUCCAGCGAGAGCUGAAGGAGGAGAGGGAGCGAGAGAUGCUAAGGAAGACUGCAGAAGAGUCUGGGGCAGUCAAGAAAAAGACCGAUGAUAAACUUGACUGGAUGUAUAAGGGCCCAGGGGGUCAUGUUAGCCGUGAAGAAUACUUACUGGGGCGUAAAAUUGAUAAAGCCUUUGAGAUGCUGGAUAAAUCAGAAUCUGCUGCUAAUUCAGCAGAGGGUGAGCAGCCUCCACCACAACACAACAAGGCAGUGUACACCAUAGAACAUGAAAUCAACCCUGAGUCUGUGAUCCACCGAGAGGCCAGCAACGUCCAGGUUGAUAUGCGACGGAAGCUGAUGGAAGACCCACUCUUAGUAAUACGUCAGAGGGAGGAAGAAACCAAGCGGCAGAUCACAAGUAAUCCUGUUAAGAUGAAGCAGUUACAGCAAUUGAUAGCAACAAUCAGAGCUAAGAAGAAGAAAAAGAAAAGAUCCAGUAGCAGCAGCAGUUCCAGUUCUUCUUCAGAUUCCUCUGAUGACAGCUCUGACUCUGAGUCAGAGGAUGAUAAGAAAGUGUCUAAGAAGAAAAAGAAAAAGAAGAAGAAGAAAAGGAAAAAGCACCGGAAAAGCUCUUCAUCCAGCAGUGACUCCUCAGAUAGCGACUUCAGUUCCAGUUCUGAGGAAGAUAAGAAGAGGAAGAGAAAACGUAAAGCCAAAAAAGUAAAGAAGGCAAAGAAAAGUAAAAAACAAGAUGGCAAAAAAAAGAACAAAACUAAAUCAAAGAAGAAAAAGAAAGAGAGUGAUAGUGAUAAUGAAAAAGAGUUAGGAAUUAGCAGUGAAUGUAAAAAGAUAAACAUUGACUCUGAAAGAAGAGGGAGGAAAGAGGGAAACCCGUCAACACGUGAAGGAUAUGGGGACAGAAUGAAAAAUAGAGACAUGCGUCAGUCGUGGAAUAAAGAUCCCCAGAGAGAUAGAGAAAGAGAGAGAAGUAGAGAAAGAGAUAGAGGGUGGGAACAGGGAAGAGGAAGAGGAGGAAGCAAGGGCAGAGGUAGAGGGUGGGAACAGGAAAGAGAAUGGGGCAGGGAUUAUAGGAGGGAAGAUAGUGUGGAUAGAGAAAGAACAAGGGAAUGUGAAAUGGAGAGAAGAAAGGAAAAGGAGAGGGGCAACAGAGAGAGAAAUGAAAGGAAUCGAUCACCUAAACAUCAUCAAAAUGAAGCUAGAAGUAGAAGUAGGAGUAGAGAGAGGAGAGAUAGUCACAUAAACAGAUCAAGAGCAAACAAGCAAAGGUUAACAGAGGAGGAAAUGGAAAAAAAGAGACAAGAAAUGAUGGAAGCAGCAAGGAAACGAGACGAAGAAAGGAAAGAAAAUGUUCGGCGGUAUGCAGAAGAGAAAAUGAAGGAGGAGAUAAUGGAGGAAUCAGUGGAAAAGUUCAUGAGGACUCAGCUGUUAAGAGCAUCAGGAGGCAGCAUCGAGGAGCGAGUCAAGUCUCGUGUUAGCUCGGUGCAACGAGGAGACACUCACAUGGAGUCGAAUUUUGCCAGAAAGUAAACUGAAAUGAGGGAGUAUAUUUGGAAGGCAGAUGAAUUUAGGACAGUCAGUAUUAUUAAAGUUAUUAUUUAUCUAUCACAUUUGAUGCCAGAUAAUUAAUAACUAUCACAUGUAGCAAGCUUCUUCUUGAAGCAAAACAUGAGUGGUCAUUAUUAAUGGUGUACAAGACCAACAAGUAGAUGACUGAUACACAUGGAAUACUUGGGCAAAUUUGAUUGUGUAUUAGACUGAUAUAGCCACUGGUGGGCAAAACGUCUCCACAAAGAUACCCAGGUGUUGAUGAGUAAGACAUGGCCAGCAGUUGGGUAUCUUUAUUGUCCAAAUGUUUCACCUGCUCUGUAGGCUUCUUCAUUCAAAUACUGUAGCUGGUAUCGUAUGUCACUAUUAUAUUAUUAUUACAAUCAGUACUAAGUGCUAAACCCACAAGGACCAUUAUUAUAAUGAUGCCCAAGUGUUAAACAUGUGCCUUAUUCUUGAUUGGUCACUGGAUGUACAAGCAUGAUGCUGACUGCCAUGCAUGGGUGUUCAGACAUGAUAUGUAGAACAAUCCUUAAUGGAAUAAUGUUUCACUCAGGGUAGAGCUCUAUCAAAAUGGGACUUGAUAAAGCUCUACACAGAACAAUAUUGUCUUUAUUCCCAUGCUUGGUCAUUAUUAGUUUGCUAAUCAAAGGGAGUUUUGAUAAUUAUUAAAAAUAUUUCACGAGACUGUCAAUUUCAAAUUGCCCUUUUGACAAAUUUUCAAUAUUAACCAAUUCUAAUUUCCUGGUUUGAUCAAUUGGAAUAUAAAUAUAAUUAUAUUAUUGAUACUUCCUGUAUGUUAAUUUAUUUUUUAUACAAUUUUAACAUCAUACGCUGUCACAUAAAUGUGUUUUUUUCAUCCAGAAAUAUGGCUUGGACAUUAUUGCAGAGAGGAACUGCAAGCAAAUUUAUACAACCAAAGUCAGGCAAGUAGCUGGGUCAGUGAAGUCACUGAAGUAGGGGGAGAGCGUACUGGUUCUUCCGAUGAUGUGGCUAUGCAAGAUGAAUUGGGUUACAGGUUUGGCUAAACUGAAAACUCUCCUUGAUUCUGUUGGAUUGCAUUUUGCGUAUGGAUUAGCAUAGCUUCCAGGCAUCUGUGUCGUGCUUCGUCCGUCUCCCUUACAAUCUGCUGGGCAUCUUUCCAAGAUUUUAGAUAGAAGGACACAUGCAACAUUUUAUUGUGGUAAUGUUUUGCUCUCCAGGAGAGCAAAAUGUUGCCACAGUAAAAUGCUGCAUCAGUUGCACAUUUUUUUUUUUUCAACACGUUGGUUAUCUCCCACCGAGGCAGGGUGACCCAAAAAGAAAGAAAAUCCGCAAAAAGAAAAUACUCUCAUCAUCAUUCAACACUUUCACCUCACUCAUACAUAAUCAAUGUCUUUGCAGAGGUGCUCAGAUACAACAGUUUAGAAGUCCCUCCAAACUGUCAAUAUCCCAAACCCCUCCUUUCAAGUGCAGGCAUUGUACUUCCCAUUUCCAGGACUCAAGUCCAGCUAACCUGUUUCCCUAAAAAGCCCUUCACUAAAUAUUACCCUGUUCACACUCCAACAGCUUGUCAGGUCCCAAAAAUCAUUCGUCUCAAUUCACUCCUAUCUAACAUACUCACACAUACUUGCUGAAAGUCUAGGCCCCUUGCCCACAAAACCUCCUUUUCCCCCUCCCUCCAACCUCUUCAAGCAUGACCCGUACCUCACCUUCCUUCCCCUACAGAUUUAUACACUUUUCAAGUCAUUCUACUUUGAUCCAUUCUCUCUAAAUGACCAAACCACCUCAACAACCCCUCUUCAGCCCUCUGACUAAUACUUUUAGUAACUCCACACCUCCUAAUUUCCGCACUCCGAAUUCUCUGCAUAAUAUUUACACCACACAUUGCCCUUAGGUAGGACAUCUCCACUGCCUCCAGCCACCUCCUUGCUGCAGCAUUUACAACCCAAGCUUCACACCCAUAUAAGAGUGUUGGUACCAAUAUAUGUACUUUCAUGCAUUCCUCUCUCUGCGUCCCUAGAUAAUGUUUUUGUCUCCACAGAUACCUCAACGCACCACUCACCUUUUAUCCUUCAUCAGUUCUAUGGUUAAACUCAUCCUUCAUAAACUCAUCUGCUGACAAGUCAACUCCCAAAUAUCUGAAAACAUUUACUUCUUCCAUACUCCCUCUCGCCAUUGUGAUAUCCAAUUUUUCUUUAUCUGAAUCGUUUGAUAUCCUCAUCACCUUAUUCUAUGUUCACUUUCAACUUUCAACCUUUACACACCCUCCCAAACUCGUCCACUAACCUUUGCAAUUUUUCUUUAGAAUCUCAGUGUGUCCUUUUAAAUAUUUGUUUUUUUCGUUGAAUCGGCCGUAUCUUACUGAGAUAGAGUGACCUUAAAAGAAAAAUGAAAGUUUUCCUUCUUAAAUUUAGUAAUUUAUACAGGAGAAGGGGUUACUAGCCCCUUGCUCCUGGCAUUUUAGUUGCCUCUUACAACACACAUAGCUUACAGAGGAAGAAUUCUUCACCUCCCCAUGGGGAUUUAUUUAACAUAUUGUUGUUAAUUCUACCAACAUCAUUGCAAUCUUUCUAAGACAUUACUUGUGCAGUCUGGUCUGUAUGUAUCCUGCAGGUGGUAUGCUUGUUGUGAGUCCUACAGGCACACUGGUGUUCUUUCUGCCUAAUCUGUAGGCUGUGGGAGGUAUCUCCAUGUAUUUCUUGUCAAAACCUCGAAGUGGAAUGAUGUAGUCACUUGUAUCGUUAUGGUUUUCUCAGUUGUCUUUUUACCUGGUUAAGUUUUUGAUGUUGCUGGAUAUGACUUUGGCAGCAGCUUUUGGUGAUUGUGGGAGGAGGCCUGGUCACAGACCGGGCCGCGGGGGCGUUGACCCCCGGAACUCUCUCCAGGUAAACAGUGUAGCUUGUAGGAAGGAUGAGUGUGUUACUGCCUGGUUUCUGUGAAGUGGGGAUUUUGUAUGCACAAUCUCUGGAGUCCCGGAUAGCGUGUGCAGGAAAAUUUAGCAUCUAGAAGAUGUCUAAAAAUUUUGCUCUCUUCCUUGAGAUAUUCAGGGUGGAGAUCUUGUAGACAAAAACAUACCAUUUAGUUUUUUGAUCAUUGUAUGAAUAGUAGUGUAUAUAGCCAUUUUUUUUUUGUUUAGUUGUUUGUAUACUUUGAAUCUGAGGUGGCUAUUCUUUAAUUAGAAGAUUGUCUAGAAAAGGAUGGCUAUCAUUAGUUUCUUCUAGGGUGAAUUGAGUGGAUACUUCCUUACUGAGGCUGUUCUUGAGGUUAUCUAGGUUGAGCAUUUUGGGGGUAAACAGAAUAUCAUCCAUGUAGUGAAGCCAUGUGACCAUUUUGGGUAUAUACACACAUAACCUGCACAUUGGAGACAAACUCAUGGGUAUAUAUUGGUGAAUCUUUCCACCUAGCCAUUCUAUAUACAGAUUUGCCAAAACGACAUCGAUUAGUGGGCUUAUGGCCAUGUCAGAUUUUUGUUUGUAUAGGGACUGGCAGAAAGAAUAAUGAGUUCAGUAAAUUUCACAAAAUCUUAGCAAGUUACAGGCAGUUCCAUGUCUGUCCUUAGCUUGCAGCGCAUUAAUUCAUUGGUUGGUUGGUAGAGACUCGGACAAAGAAGGAAGUUUAGCAUUGGGUUUUACCAAACAUCACUUCAUCUUCACCAGAGUCUGAGUCCCCCACUGACCAAGCCAUUAUUACACCACAAGCUAAGGCCAGACAAGGACCUACCUGUACCUUGCUAACAUUUUGCAAAAUUAGCUAAAGUCUGAAUCAAGUUUGUUAAAAAUUUCUUUUACCAACAAAAAUUUGGCAUGGCCAUGGGCUCCCUAAUCAGUGUCAUGCUGGUGAAUCUGUAUACUGAAUCACUGGAAGCCAAAAGAUUCACCAACAUCACACCCAAAAUGGUCACAGGGCUCUACUAUCUGGACAAUAUCACUCCCAUAAGGCUCAACUUAGAUAACCUCAAGAACAGCCUCAACAUUGUGGAACUCUCCAUAUAAUUCACUCUAGAAGAAGCUGAUAAUGGAAAGUCUUCCUUUCCUCUACAUACUUCUCAGUAAACACGACAACCACCUCAGAAUUAUAGUACAGUAUACUGAAACCCAGUCAAUAAGAAUGAUGUACAAUACUGUUUACUCUAAGACCAAAGAACUGAUUGAGGUGUGCAUAUUGGCAUGUUUUUACAUGCCUACAGGAUCUGUAGCCCUGAAUAUCAGGAGGAAGUGUGCAACAUUCUUAGAGACAUCUUCCAGGUACUAAGAUUUCCUGCACACACCAUCCAGGAAUGCAGGGAUUGUGUAUAUGAAACCCUCACUUCACAGAAACCAGAGAGCAACACACGUUCACCCUUAUCAUAAGUCACACUGCAGGAUAUAUUACACCAAUCCUCACCAAAAGCAACACAGGUGUUGCCAUUAUCAUAUCCAGCACCAUCAAACCCUUGACCAGGCAAAAAGACAGCUGUUCAGAUUGUAACACAGGUGUUUAUAUCUUUGAGGUAUGGUGGGAGUGAUUUCCCAUAGCCUGCAGAUCAAAUUACAAAAACAGUCUGCAGGACUCUCAUGUUAACACCUGCAUGAUGCACAGGGAUCAGACUUCACACCUGAGGUCUUGGAUAGAAGCCUUGCUAGUCAGACCUAAUGAACAAAAUGCAACAGAUGCCUGCAAGCUGUGCUAAUCCACACACAAAAUACAGUUUAACAGAAUCAAAGAGCUUUCAGUUUGGUCCACACCUGUAGCCCAGUUCAUUUACAUAACCAAAUUGUCAGAAGAACCAGCAGGCCCUCCCUUGUAGUUUUACCUUACAGUUCACCCACAGUGACCUCACUCACCUGACAUGUAUAAAUUUGUAGAAUAUUUUAAAGUUCCUCUGCAGUUUUUUCACCACUUUGUGCCAUUUGUUUCCACUAGUCUCAGAAUUCUGGGCGUACUCACCUAUAUGUGGUUGGAGGGGCCGAGUCACAGCUCUUGGCCCUGCCUGUUUGCUGGCAUACAAGUGUCCAGUUAUUAUAAUAUUCAUAGAAAAGCUCUGGAGGGGGCUUAUGCCACCUCAGGAAUUCUUUCCUUUAUAACUCUAUGUAAGGUUACAGUACAAUCUUGCUUAGCCCUGGAGGGGGAAGAGGGGUUCAAGGGUCAGCACCCCUGUAGCCCAUUAACAUUCCACUAUAUAAAUUGUGCAGGGAUUUUCAAAUUCCAGACUUUUGCAAGACAUUUGAUUCUGAACAUUACUCGAAUGUUUUUACGACACUUGAUAGGUAACCCAUACUGAACUCGAAGAAUAUCCAGGGAGCCACACAAAUCCUGUACUAGUUCCAUGGCCCAAUUUGGGAACGGUGGUUCUAAUUAAUAACAAAUUGAUCAUAUAUGUUAGAAGUAUUACUAUAAUGCUAAGUGAUAAACCCACAAGGGCCAUAUAGUGCUGUAUGUUGGUAGUAAUUGUACAUAUUAUAUCAGAAUUACAUGCAUAGUUUUAAAAUGGAGAAUGACUGUAAAUUGCAUGGAAAAAAUAAAUAGGUGUAUAUUCAUCAACAAUGGGGAAUUUGUCAAUGAGAAUAUUUGUUCUUACUGUUGUAAGAGUAUGAAGCAGUUCCUGGUGUGCGAGACUGAAAAUUGAUUUACAUGCCUAUCACAUUAAUUUAGGAUAGUGGAUGCUUUCACAUGUGGAACACAACUUGCAGGCUUGUCUUAAAUCCUGGCAGACUGAAAAUUGGUUCACAGUCAAAUUUUACUUCAGGCUGUCUGAAGGCCUGACAGUUAGGUUAGGUAAGGUUCAUCAGGAAACAGGAUGAGUGUUUCCUUAUGCAAGUCUUAGUCAUAUGGUGAUCUGCAGCUGGAGCUUUUGGUCAUCUGACCAAGGCCUUCCGCUAGCUUACUGGUCCACCUGACAGUUUUCUGACAUUUCAUUGACCUAUCGCCCAAUAAUCUGGACGGUCAUCUUGGCUUCUCUGUUCCUGUAUGUGUCUGCAGCCUGAACCUCUAGAGUGAAAUGGGCUCAUGCUUGUGGGACUUGCAAUCCCUUUUGUACAGGAGUCAACAGUUGCAAAUACCGAGGUCAAGCAUUGCAUGUCUGUUGGCCCUCAGAGGAGUCUUGUAGAGGUGUGUGUGUGUGCAUGUCACCUUUGUCUAUGCCAUCUUGAAGUUGUCUAUAAUUCCUUGUA